AGAUACGUUACGUGUGUGAGGCAUUUAUUGAAAGAUCUGGGAGCUUUACCUGCAAACCCACGUGAGAUUGCUGUGUGAUUCAUCUGGUCUAUGAAACAAGAAAAUGACAAAAUGACCAUCUCUGCAGAUGAUUUUAGUUUCCAAAUAUGUCUAUAUUCUAUACUCAAUCCACAUUCCUUCCUCUCCUCUCCGUGAACAUUGUGCUUUGUGUGGCAGCUUGUAAUAAUGCAGAAUAUGAAAUUAAUGGACGGUGUUGCCCAAAGUGUGAUCCAGGAAAGCGAGUUCAUAAACACUGUGAUGAGUUCAGCACCACAACAUGUGAAUCAUGUCCCAUCUUUACUUACUCUGAUAUUCCUAAUGGAUUUAUAGAGUGCCUGCCCUGUUCUGUGUGUGAUACGAGUGAUGGACUGAGAGAAAAGCAGGCAUGUACAGUAACAUCAGACACAGUGUGUGGACCUCUUCCUGGUUAUUACUGUAUAGACUCGCUCUAUAACUGUAAAAGAGCCAAGAAACAUUCAUCCUGCUCACCUGGACAAUACAUCAAGCAAACCGGAACAGAGUUCAGAGAUACAGUGUGUGAUCACUGUCCUGCUGGUUCAUAUUCAGAUGGGACACUCUGCAUAUUGCAUACAGACUGUGAAUCUCUUCACAAGACAACAAUCAGAGAAGGAACAGAUACGACUGAUGCUGAGUGCAGAGAUAGAGCAUCUUUACUGACAGUGACUCUGUAUGUGUGUGGAGUGUGUUUACUGAUAUUAACUGUCAUAACUGUAAUUAUUGUAUGGAGGAAAAAAAAGACAAAAAGAGGAUUAAAUCAAGUUCCAACAAAGAAGUGUACUGAACCCUCCUAAAGAGGAAAGAGGACUGAUGCAUCUACAAAGUCUAACUUUGAGAAUUGAGUUCACACAAAGACCUUUAACAGACUCGGAGAUCUCAAACUGGAGUAAUGUACUCUUCUCUACACUGAGAGGAUCUGAAGGACUGCGAUUGGGAAGAGACUCA